AUGCCUGCCGGAUCGCCCACACAGGGCAGACCGAGAUGGGUAAGCGUCAACGUGAAAGCCACGCCCGGCCAGCCACUUAGCCCCAUUGUGCUUGCCGCCGCCGCCGCCGCCGCUGCCGCUGCCUCCAGUGCUCGUGCUGUCUCCAACGACAGCACCAGCCCGUCGCCCUCCACCGGCUCACGCAUGUCCAGUGGGAGCGCCACGCCGCCGGGGCGCUCGUCGCUGUCGUCCAGCACCCUCUCGCAGGAAACAUCACCCACCCGCAGCUCGCCCAAGUCUCCGCUGGAAGACACCGCGCCCAAGACACCUGCGACGAAGGUGCCUGACGCGCUGGCCAUGGGCCCUCUGAAGACAAAGGCCAAGGAGGCCAAGGAGGCCCCCGGAACACCCACAAAGGCGGCCGCACAGCCGUCUGUGGUCCCAGCGGUUCCCGCAAAGCCCAGCACAUCGCCCCAGGGAACGCCCAAGGCGACGUCCGCGACGCCCGUCAAGAUGCCCGUGCUACCCGGCCGGCCUGAUUGCUCGUCCGGGCCCAAGGCGUAG